UCCGCCAAAACAAAACUGCAGAUUUCACUAAAAAUAUUUUUACUAUCGGAUUGAGGCACCUUUUUCUCUGUAGUAAUGUCAGGGAAAGUUGCACUUAUUACUGGGGCAAGUUCUGGUAUAGGCCUUGCACUGGCAGAGAGAGUGCUGACUGCCCACCCAGGGAUACAUCUCUGUCUGGCCUGCAGGAACCAGAGGCGGGGCGAAGCAGCGGUGGCCACCUUGAAGUUGUCCCACCCUGGGGCCGAGAUAGACCUGGUCCUGGUGGAUGUCAGCCGAGUGAGCUCUGUCCAGCAGGCAGUGGUGGAGAUUAAGAUGAGAUAUCAAAGACUGGACUAUCUCUUUCUAAAUGCUGGUGUUAUGGGAGAAACGAGGGUAAACUGGACAAACUUCUGGAAAGGGCUGUUUUCUGAAAAUGUCUUCCACAUGUUCCACACUGGUAUAGGGCUGCUAGAGCAUAAAGAUCAAGUGACUGAGGAGGGGCUUCAAAUGGUCUUUGCAACUAAUAUAUUUGGGCACUUUGUGAUGAUAAAAGAAUUAGAAGAUAUUCUUGGUGGCAGCCAGCCAACUCAGGUCAUAUGGUCGUCUUCUAGUAACGCGUGCAAGGACACCUUCAGUUUUGAUGACAUUCAGCACCGAAGAGGGACGUCUGCGUAUAGCUCGUCUAAGUAUGCCACGGACAUGCUAAGUCUAGCACUCAACAAAACACUUAACAAAAAGAAUAUUUAUUCCCACGUCACCAACCCAGGUAUAGUAAUGUCUAACAUGACACACGGUAUCAUGCCGUCCUGGUUCUGGACCUUAGCAAUGCCAAUACUCUUCUUGCUCCGAUUCUUUAUAUGUAGUGCUACCAUAGAUACAUACAGCGGAUCCGAGUCGUUGGUGUGGGUUUCCCAACAAGACCCGAAGUCUUUGGACUCGACAUUCAAAUACCAUAGCUCUGUAACAGGAUUUGGAAAAUUGUACACAACACCCAAAAAGCUCACCGACCUAGAUGAAGAGUCAUCUUUACGUCUCUUAGAACAGUUAGAACAACUGAAUGAAACUGUUCAAAGAAAGCUGAAAUCACAGUGAUUGUUGCCGCCAGCGUUCUUCAGGGUUGCAAACGUCACUGUUCAAGUUUUACUUUAUUGUUCAACGCACAGUAACCUUUUGAUUGCGGGUUUUGUGGAUAAAUAGAUGGCAUGCAAAUGACUAGGUGAACACAUGAACAGAAUGACAGGAAUGAAAUGCGAAAAAAAAUCUUGGAAAUCGAAAAGACAUAUGGAUAAAGUUUGUGCUAGCACUAAGGCUGUCGGCCUAUUGUACGGCAAUGGAGUGCAUCGUUAAAUGCGAAGCGGAGACUAAAAUUGGGGCAAGGCAGCAAUGUCGCAGCACGAGGGACAGGAUUCUGGAAAUGAAAAAAAUAUUAAAGAAUCAUUGUAAUUUCUUUCAGGAACAUUCCGGGCCUUCAAAGGCAUUAUGGUGAAUGAAAAGACAAUAAAUAUAUGUAUGAAUUUAA